CUACAAAUCCAAAUAUGAAAGAGUUGGCCGAAACCAGAAGACCCGCCUUUUUUUCAGUUCUCACCGGCGGGAAGACUUCCGUGUUCAAAAUGUGUCGUUGUGACUUGUCUGAUUCUCCGGGCAUACCUGAGAUUGGCUCAGUUUUAGUUUGAAUCCGCGUUAUAGAACAGAAAUGGUGAGGUGGAGACUUGGGAGUUCAUUCUGAAGCUUAGUGGAAGGCAGAGAGGAGAAGAAGAUGAUUAGUAGGUUAAGUAGGCGUUACUUUUGCUCUGAUGCUCCGCGGCCGUGGCUGUUUGUGGGUUUGGGCAAUCCCGGCGAUAAGUACAAGGGAACCAGACACAAUGUGGGGUUUGAGAUGAUUGAUGUUUUCGCUCAGUCGCAAGGGAUAGCCAUGAAUAGAGUCCAUUGCAAAGCUAUAUUCGGGCAAGGUUUUGUAGAUGAAGUCCCUGUUUUUCUAGCAAAGCCUCAAACGUACAUGAACUUGAGUGGUGAAUCGACGGGACCGCUUGCUGCUUAUUAUAAGCUACCUCUCAAUCGUGUGCUAGUGUUCCAUGAUGACAUGAACUUACCGUGUGGGGUACUCCGUCUUAACCCAAAUGGAGGUCAUGGAAGCCACAGUGGGCUGAAGAGUGUGUUCUAUAAUUUUCGAGGGAACAGAGAAUUCCCUCGGCUAAGAAUUGGUAUUGGAAGGCCUCCUGGUCAAAUGGAUCCAAAAGCAUAUUUGCUCCAAAAAUUUAAUGCAACAGCUCAAGGACGAAUCGACGCUGCUUUACAAGAGGGAGUCGAUGUACUGAAGUUCCUGCUGUCCAAAGGGCUGAACGAGAGUGCAAGACGCUUCAACACAGAGCAAAAGUACAAGCACUUGACCACGGCAACAUGAACAUAACAUUUCUGAAUUCAGGAGACCAAGUAUAAGUAAGCCCCUGUAAAUUGCCUGAGAAUGUGUGCAAAACAGAGGUAGGCAUUGAGUCAUUUCUAAGUGGGAAGUAACAGAUUGCUGUGCAGCCUGGACAGUAUUAAACAUAUGCUUUCUUAUUAAAAUGUAAACCCCUCAGCUGACCUCAGAAAUUAAUUGGCUCAGAAUUCUCAUAUCCGAUCGGAUCUCUCAUAUAUUUGUAUAUUAUCCCAAUUUAUAUCUGAAUCAUUUGAAAGCUUGAA